CGGUGCAUCAGUCAACAGGACAGCCUGGAAGACAUGGAGGUGAGUUAUUGACCGCCGUAUCUUGCUUAGAAGUUCGCAUAAACGAUGGUAGGGGUCUGAGGGUACUAUGAUCGGAUGUGAUCGUAUCCAUCGUCAGAGCUCUGCCGAGGUUGUUUUAGUCUGUUCUUUUGUGAUGCUCGGUCCUCUUUGCUGCCCCUUGUUUCUUGGGCUUGUGGUAUCUUAUGCGCGCGUUGCUCUUCCGCUCCACUUUGCUAUAUAUCACCCAAUUGUUUUGCCUGCAAUCCUUUUUGCCACCGCGGUCGUUUACUGCGUCUCGUUGAGGAAGAUGUGGUUACGAAGAUUAUGUAGCGGCCUUUUACAUUCAGCAACUGAGCGUUCCUGUGUUUCUAUAUUUGGAUUUCCGCUUUAGGGAAUAUUGGGAGGACAUAUUGGCGUUGGACGUACAUACUAGGCGUUGUUUUCUACCCAGUUCACGA